GCAGUGUUCCAUCCUCCCUCCCCAACUCUCCCUUGCCUCCCGGUCCCCGCCGCCCAUCGGCCCCGCGCCCCGCCCAGAUUGGCUAGCCCUCGCUCGCUGUCGAGCCCUCGCUCACCGCCUCUCAAGGACUGCACCUGAAGCAGCCAGACCUUAGCACAUGAUCCGGUUACGGGCCUUUGCCGCCACAGCCGCCUGCCUGCUGGCGCUGCUGGCCGCGCCCAGCGCCGCCACCUCCCGCCUGCGCCGCCUCGCCUCUGACGACGGCGUGCAGGCUGCCGCGGGACCGUCGUGGCAGAACCCAGGAUUCAGCCUCUUCCAGCCGCAGACGUAUUGCAGCGACACCUGCAAGAAGCAGGGCGCCAACUGGGUCCCUCUGAAGUCCGCCGGGGCGCCCACCAGCCUCCAGCUGUGCGCUCUGUUGAAUUUCAAUAACGAAAAAGACCUCAAGGCAUUUGCCUUUUAUGGCACCCAUGUCAGCGGCGACUGCAGGUUCUGGCACCUGGGCAAGAACAGCAGCCAGUCUUACUCCGAAAACUUCAGCUGCGGCUGCCGCUACAAGCCCACCCCGACCAGCACCCUCACCUACACCUGGCGGUUGGCCCACAACUGCCCCGUCCCCGCUUUCCUAAUGGGCAACCCGACAGGCAGCCCGCCCUCCGCCCCAGUCUGCCGCAUCACCAAGCCCGGCGGCGGCGACUGGCGCUUUGGCACCCUGGUGACCAAGGCGCUGCGCGACGCGGGCGUGCCUGCGCCGGCCAACACGUGCGUGGUGGGGGCUGUGCCGUGGGGCCCUGGCGGCGCCACCAUCACGCACGUACACGUCAACAACACCGCGCUCGCCGUGCGAGUGCUGUGCAACGACACCGCCGCCCCGGCAUUGAAGCUGGUGCCCCAGGGACCCAGCUGCCCGGAGACCUGCUUCUGGAAGGGGUACACGGCGGUGGGGACGGGCGACAAGGGGGAGCUGCUGGGGCCCGAGCAGUUUGCGGGCGGCCCGCGCCUGGCCAAGUCGCUCUGCGCCUUCACCACCGUCAACGCCACGACGUCGGAGCAGAAGCUGGUGUACGGCACGUGGUAUCCCAGCGUCGGCGCCUGCUUCUACCAGACCGCCGACUUCAAGUACUCCCAGACCGCCGGCACAGGCUACCGCUGCGCGUGCAGCAAGAAGGCGGGCGGCACGCGGUUGGAGUGGCGCCCCACCGUGCUGUGCGGCGCGUACCGGCAGGCCGCGGCCACGGGGCCCGCCGCCUGCCGCAUCCGCUCCCUCAAGAACUCCUCGGAUUACCAGAUGGGCUUCAUCCCGCUGGGCUCCUCCACCUGCAAGGUUUACGCCGUGCCUUUCAAUCCAGCCAGCAACAUCGCCAUCUAUUCCGUGCCCGGCUAUGGCGGCCCCUACGAAGUGUCGGCGCUGUGCAAGCUGGACGACAACGUGUGCGCCAGCGUGCCGUCCUCGCGCGCCGGCAUGGCCGCUGUGGCCAAGGGGCUAGUUGCCCUCAACAAGGAGCUGACCGACAGCCGAGGGCAGUCGCAGUACCAGAUAGCGCGCUGGACGGGCAUCACCCAGAACGUGUGCACCAACAACAUCCCACCCAUCACCGACGCCGCCGCCAUCGUGUCCUGGCUCUACUACACCGCAUUUGGCAAGGGACCAGACAUGCUCAACGGCAACAAGCCGCCCGGCGGCUGGGGCAGCGGCGGCACCAUUGCAACGCUGGGCGCCAAUGGCGAUGUCGUGUCCAAAACCAACUACGGCUUCCCGCUGGGCACCUUCAAGCGCGCCUCCACCGCCAACGCGCACCCCGGCGACCUGGUGUUUUACGGCAAGCGCCCGCACUCCCACGUGGCCAUGUACCUGGGCAGCGACUCGGUGCUCAGCUUCCGGGCGCCCGGCUCGGUGGUGGCCGGCGCGCCCAAGCAGGACCGCCUGCGCAUCCAGCACAUCGACUUCAUGAAGCAGCUGGCCCCGUCGCCCAUGGAGGUGGACGAGAUUCGCACCUACAACAGCUUCCUGGCCUGAGACCGGGCUGGACCCCGACCGACACCGACCGACCAGCCGACUGCCCCAAGUGGCCGCUGAGCGUUUCCAAUCGUGACUCAUACCCACCCACCUCCCCAAUAAUCAUUGUUUUGAUGAACUAUCAGCAUUCACCGAGGCUCUCAGCAUUUGGCCGCUCCCCUAUUCAAACACACAUCCGUUCUCUUUCUCUUCUGCCAUCUCCUCUCUCCAAUAUUCAUGCUGUCAAAGGUAUGUUAGUACUGAUAAUAUCACUGCACUGUUAAGCAAGCCAAACGC